AUGCUCAAGAAUGAAGGCGUCGAUCGCGUCUUCGGCAUCAUCGACGGGACCUACUUCGGUUUCUAUUCCACGCUCAAGAAGCACGGUAUCGAACUGGUCAGCCCCCGCCACGAAACCUGCGCCGUUCAUAUGGCGGCUGCCUACGCCCGCAUCACCGGCAAGUUGGGCGUAUGCAUGGCCAGCAACGGUCCCGGUGUGGCGAACGCACUGCCUGGAGUGGCGGUGGAGAAUGGUGAAGGCAACCGUGUGCUGCUCAUCACCAGCACACGCCGGGUGGGAAUUGGCUAUCCAGACCGCGGCGGAACUUACCAAUACUUCAACCAGGUGGCCGUGACGAAGCCCAUGACCAAGUGGAGCGGCGCUGUGCCGAGUGCCGAUCGCAUGGUCGAGUUGCUGAAACGGGCCUUCCGAGUCUCGCAUCGAGGGCGGCCCGGUGUCGUUCACGUCGACGUUCCCGAAUCAAUCAUCAAUUCGAAGAUUGUUGCCCCGGCGGUUCCGCAGCCAGAGAGUUAUCGCCGCACUACACAGUUGGUGCCCGAUACCGAGCAAGUGAAAGCGGCGGCACGCAUGUUGCGCGACGCCAAACUUCCGCUGAUCCAUGCCGGCAGCGGAGUGAUUCAUGCGCAGGCCUCCAAAGAGUUGGCCCGAGUUGCUCAGCUGCUGCACGCUAUGGUCUGCACCAGUUGGGCCGCCCGAGGUGUGAUCAGCGAGACCGAUCCGCUGGCGCUGCCAAUGGUCUACAUCGGGCUGAACAACCAGGUGCGUAACGAGGCCGACGUUGUGCUCACCGUGGGCUCACGCGUUGGUGAGACCGACUGGUGGGGCAAGGCGCCCAACUGGCAAUCGCCGGGCAGUCAAAAGCACAUUCAAGUCGAUAUCGACGACGACAUUCUGGGUUUGAACAAGCCGGUGAACCUGGCGAUCGCAGGCGACGCGAAGCUCUUCCUCACGCGGUUGGCCGAAGAACUCGAAGGCUCGCUCUCCGAAGAUGUGCUUCGCUCCCGCCGGCUAAAAGUCGACGGUUAUCGCGACACCAUGAAGAAAGAACGGGCGAAGCUCGACAAGGUGCUCGCCGCGCCCGGGGCUCCGCUCACUGCGGCCCAUGUGGCAACCACCUGUCAGCGCGUGUUCGACGACGAUGCCUACUUCAUCAUCGACGGUGGAAACACGGCCGUUUGGGCGAACUUCUACCACGAAAUCCGCACCCCCGCGACCGUGCUUUCCACGCCCAAGUUCGGUAUGCUUGGGGCCGGCGUGGCUCAGACGCUGGCCGCCAAAAUUGCUCGCCCCAAUCGUCAGGUGUAUUGCAUGAUUGGCGACGGGGCGAUGGGCUUCCACCCGCAGGAGAUUGAAACCGCGGUUCGCUUGAACUUGGCUGUGGUUUAUAUUGUUUGCUGCGAUCGGCAGUGGGGCAUGGUCAAAAUGAAUCAGCAGUUCGCGUUGAAACCGCUGAAGACCCUGUGGAAGAAGUCGCUGGAGCCGGAAGAGACGAUCAACGCCGACUUCAGUGAGAUCCGCUUCGACGAACUGGCUGCCAGCAUGGGCGCCCAUGGCGAACGGGUGAGCCACACCGAUCAGCUCGAACGGGCCUUGGAGCGUUCGAUCGCUUCGGGGAAGUGUGCGGUGGUGCAUGUCGACGUCGAACCGGUGCGACACAUGUGGGCCCCCAGCUUGUUAGAGUUCAAACGCAUGCACCAGGAACCCAAGGGAAAAUAA